UGUCAAAAGUCCAAAGUGUCUUCCUCCGAAUGCGUGUGUUUCUCUGAAGUUUCGUGUUUCUGAGUCUGUUUCUCCACUUUCCUUCCACCCAUCUUCCUUUCCUUUAAGAUUCUCAAUAUCUUGAAAUCAUAACAAUCCAAAACCAUCUUCCUCUUACUCCCUUCACUUCCACACUCUCCUCUGUUCCUUCUUCCACCAUCUCAAUGGCCUCUCACCCAAACCAAACAGGAACGGGAGCUGACGGGCAAGGAGAAAAGGACCCCCCAUCGCCGAUCCCAGCAUCAGCCUUUCAGAAUCCACUUUCUGAGAUAUCGCCGUCACCGUCGCCGUCCUCAUCGACAGCUCCGGCGCUGGUGCUUUCGAACUCGGGGAAGCGCAUCGACCAGACGGGGAGGAAGAAGUACGUGAAGCAAGUGACGGGGCGGCAUAACGACACGGAGCUGCACCUGGCGGCACAGAGGGGCGACGUCGGCGCCGUGAGACAGAUCCUUCUCGACGUCGAAUCUCAGGUUAUGGGAACUCUCGGCGACGGCGACGACGACGAUCUCGACAUCGAGAUUGCGGAAGUGCGAGCUUGCCUCGUCAACGAAGAGAACGAGCUCGGUGAGACCCCUUUGUUCACUGCAGCUGAAAAGGGUCCUCUCCAUGUCGUGAAGGAGCUUCUCAACCAUUCCACUGCUCAGACUGUUUCCAAGAAGAACCGAUCGGGAUUUGAUCCCUUGCAUAUUGCAGCUAGUAAAGGCCACUACUGUAUGUAGUAUCUCUCUUUCUGGUACUUGUGUUUCUUUGUGCUUCUUUAGUUAGUUAUAC